AUGGCAACUGUCUCAAUGUUCUCUGCUGCUGCCAGAAGGCAAGGUUGCCCUCAUCACAGAUUCACAGGAGGAGCUAGUGGAAUUGGUGAAUGUGCUGCUAAAUUUUUUACCAAACAUGGUGCUAAAGUCAUGAUUGCUGAUGUUCAAGAUGAUAUGGGCCAAUCUGUUUGCAAAGACUUAGGCUCGUCAGUAGCCUCAUACAUCCAUUGCGAUGUCACGAAUGAAGCUCAUGUACAAAAUGCAGUGGACUCAACAAUUGCUCAAUACCAAAAACUUGACAUCAUGUUCAAUAAUGCAGGCAUAGUAGGCUCUAUAAUACAGGUGCAUGUCCCAAACCACCGGUGA